AUGUUCAGUGGCACGUUUGAGCCGCACACGCACCUGAAAUGGACGAAAAAUCAGCCGCGCGCUGCUGCUGUGCGUAACGGCCAGGGAAGUGACUUCACCAAUGGAACUGCUGACAUCAGUUGGACGCUUUUUGAUGGGUAUUUGGUCAGAGAGUACUGCCCCUCGUUUGGAGGUGAAGGAGAUUUUGAAGUGCUUCCUGCGCUGGUAGAAACAGGAGUUACCUUUGUGGCCCUACACGGUGUGGUUUUGUGCCUGCUGGCCCUGUGUCUGCUGUUCUCCGCCUGCAGCAUCCUUGUCUCCCUCUACAACAGUGUCAGCAACCCUUAUGAGACCUACAUGGGGCCUGUUGGUGUCUACGUCUGCAGCUCGCUCAGCGCGUGUUUGUCCGUUUUGGUCCUCAUCAUAUACGCGGUGAACAUCCUUGUGACCAACAUGGCAGAGGAAUUGAUAAAGAGCAUGCACGAAGAUGCGAUCCUGAGGAACAAGUCUUCAGAGAUGAAGCUGGGAUACUACCUGAUCAUCAUUUGCCCAGUGCUCUAUCUCUCCGCCAUUGUUGUGAUCUACUUGUACGACCACGCAGCCUACACACAGAGGAGAGAACAGCAGAGGCCUACAGAGGACGCACCCAAGGAGAUAAUGAUGUAUUAGUGGCCUGCAGUGGAGUCAGUGACAUUAAUAAAUUGAUCAUCAAGACUUUCUUUACAGACUGAAAUCAACAGCUAUACAUAAAGCCAAUGACGUUUUUUUUUUGUGUUCUGAGUCUGAAACAACAGUUUGCCUAAAUUAAGUGAAUGUAAAUAAACAACUGUGAUGAGGUUGCUCUUUUUUUUAAAAAAAGGAUGAAAUUACAGCCAACUUUAAUAUGUAUCCUUGUCAUUUAAUGUUCUAGAUUCAGUGAAAGAAUGGAACACAGGUUAAGAAACAAGCACAAAGCAUCUGUAGUUGCUGAGUAUUUUGUGAAAAACCCAAAGCUUAACUUUAAAUAGAAGGUAAGGUAGAUGGAGGACAGUGGGAAGAGGCAUGUAGGAAUUAAUUGAUCUCUGCUGCCCUCUAUGUCUGAGAUGAGGUAAAUGCAAAACUUCAACACCUACCCCUGGAGCAGGAGUAAAAGAG